AUGGCUUCAAGAGAGGAUGGAACCAAUGGCAUGAAUGUCGGAUGUAACUACGGCCAAGACUACCUGCGAGCGGUUAGGGGUAUCACAGCAUCUUCUUUUCAGACAGAGGAGGAUCGCAUGAAGGCACUUCUAGCAACGUAUGAAGUUCUGUCUAAGCUGGAGACCCCCUGGGACACAUAUGUCAGAAUUCAUUUAAAUCAGCCUUCUGUUACCGCGGGGAUAAAAAUUAUCAAAGACUUGAAGUUGAUGAUGAAGUGGAAAGAACAAGGAUUUGUCCCGAUGACGAGUGCUCAGCUCGCAGGCCUUGUAGGGAGCUGUGAUCCUCAGCUUCUUCAUAGGUUUCUCCGUAGCUUAGCUGCGAAUGGUCUUAUGGAACAAGUUCCAGUAGAAAAGUUCAAACCGAACCAGUUCUGCAUGGAACUAUCAAAGCCAGACUUCCACACUCUCACAAACUUCUAUUACGUGACUGGCCACCGUGCAUAUGGUACUUUGCCCGACCAUCUGGCAGAAAAAGGGUACAAGGAUCCCUCUGAUCCUGCAGACACAAUCUUACGGAAAUCUACUGGGCACACCGGAGACCUGUGGUCCUUUCUGAGCGAGAAUCCGAAAAUGGGUGAGAUGUUCAAUAUCGUACAAAAGGCGUCCACCAACAAAGAGCCACCGUGGAUGGAUAUGUACCCUCACCGUAACUUGGUUGAUGCAUCAGAUUCAAGCCUUCCACUUCUUGUCGAUAUUGGCGGCGGGAUUGGGCAUGAUCUCUUACGUUUUUACAAAGCUUACCCUAACGAAGGCUCGAGGUUAUACCUCGAGGAUCUCCAAUCAGUCAUUAGUGACGCGAAGGAUAAAGCGCUCCUUCCCGACACGGUAAAGCAGGUGGAAUACAGCUUUUUCGAGCCACAACCAGUGAAACACGCUCGUGCAUAUUACAUGCACCAUAUAAUCCAUGAUUGGCCCGACCAUUCGGCCCUGAAGAUACUAGAGAUGCAGAAAGGCGCCAUGAAACCUGGCUACAGCAGAUUACUCAUUCAUGACCAGGUCUUAGACGACGAAAAGAGCCAGAUGAAUACUACAGCAUUUGAUAUAGCCAUGAUGGUGUAUCUAUCUGGGAAAGAACGCACUGAAAAGCAGUGGAUGGCUUUGCUUGACUCGGCCGGUCUCAGAGUCAUCAAGUUUUGGAAGAAGCCACCAGACUACUUCAGUGUUAUCGAAGUUGAGAUUCCAGCUUCCUAG